CACUGAUCUCAAGGUAAGCUCACCUAAUUAGUUACAUUCGGGCUUCUUGGCCAGAUGCUGCGAGCAGCAGGAUGCUUGCAGGUCGGUGCAGAUGCAGCCUUUGGGGGCAGCGACUGGCUAGAAAUCGACUUCAAGAAUCGAGGAGCAUCUCAAGAAAAAAACUGACGAGCUUGAAGACUCCCGAUUUCUUCAGCAGACGGAGCUUUUGCUCCAAUGAGCCCACAAGGCGCUUCAAGGAGUUCCAAGAGAUGCUCAAGGAACCAGACGAUAUUUGGAUUCGUGGAUCAGAGGCUCGACGCAUGUUCAACCUCACGCGCGAUGACUUGCAAGAGCUUGGGGAGAACUACAUGGUCAAAGCCAAUCCAUUCGACGCUGAGCAGGCGCCUUUCAAGCAAUACUCCUUGAAGGAGGUGGUGGCGCUUGCGCUGAGAAAGCACAGUGAGCAGAGCUUGUUGGAUCAUUUCCAGAGCAAGUUGCUUCGGUGGCAGGCACAGUCAGAUGCGUCGCGGAAGCUGUAUGGCCAGCACGACGAGUGGACGCACGAUGGCCAUGCGACUCCCGCAGCUUUGCCGAGAGGCCCGUCCAUUUCGCAGAAAAGAUACUGGUACAAUGCCCCUUCGACCACAACGACUCAGGGAUGGCAGUCUGUCAUGCAGGGCUUGAAGACAAAUAGCUGCAUUUGCUUUGUUAAGGGUGGUGUAUGGAUGUCUACCGGCUCUCAUGCGAUGUUCGCUGAUUGGAUGCACUCCAUUGCUGAUGUGGCUAACUAUGCUUACCGUCUCAUGGAGUUGAGCCGCUCUGGAAGGAAGCGUGAUGUGGCACAUCCUUACGGCUACGCGCCUUUGCGUUACAUUACCGCUGAUCGAUCUUUUGUGUUUUUGUUUUUUGUUGGCGGAGUUCUUCCUUUGGGUCUUGGUGUGCAAGAGCUCCUGGAAGCCGCAACACGCGGAGUCACGCCCGGAGAUCUCCUGGUCUUGCCAGCUGCUGUGUUCCUUGUGAGUGCGAUGCUGGAAGGCUCUGCCGUCCGAGCUGCGUACAGAGAGAUCCUCUCACAAGCCGAGCGGGAGAAGAUUGGAGCUCCCUCCACGUCUUUGCUUGGGGACCUUCGGCAGGUAGCUCAAUAUUUGGGCCAGGGCCGAGACGUCAUGUCUACGGCUACCUUCACUGAGGCCAGCAGCGGAGUUCUAUCCUCUUUGGUUGGUCUGGUAGGCUUGGGCUUUUCCUACCAGUUGCAGACGGGCGUGCCGGAUGUGGCUGCCUCCAUCGUCAUGGCGUCUAUCGUUAGCUGCGUGAGUGCCUUCUUGCUUGGAAAGAGUGGGAAUGCCUUGCUGGGGCAGACCUUACCCCAUUGGCGCGUGAAGUCCCUGAUCGAGACCCUUGAGUCUCACGCUGCUGUGGCAUUGAAGCUUUGAAAGAGCGGCUGUGAGCUAGCUUGGCAGUAUUUUAUAGUCUUUUCAGCCAUUUGGACGAUUUGGAUGUGGCUUGAAUAUGACACCCAAACUGCACAUUUAGCAAUGUGUAGAGUAUCC